UUUUUUUUUUUUACACAUCUAGAAGAAGCAGAGCCACCUUGAUAUGAGUGAUACACCUGUUACUUCAGAGUCCAGCUCAAGGCCCAGGAUCACACACUUCACUAGACAACUCAUUGAUAGAAUGAUCACUUAUUAUGAGAAAGCUCCUGACUUGCAAGAUGAGGCUGAGGUCAGUUUUCGCCAGAGUAUGAAAUUUGAUGAUGAUGAGACAACAGAGGAACUUCAGGACAAAGAAAAGCAGAGUCAACAUUCAUCUGUGAAAUCUAUUCAUUUCAACUCAUUGAAUCCUUCACCAUUCCCCAUCUCUGGAAUGCUGACUUUUAAUGAUGAUCUGAAUCAACCUAUCUACUGCACCGCAGGCAAUCUUAUGAAUCUUAUGCAGAUGAUGCUAUGA